AGGUGGCAACAUGGGCCGAGAGCGCAGGCGGCACACUGGGACUGACCAAAGACCACUCCCACCUCCAAGGAAGGCCCCUCCCCCUGAGCGGGACUGGACUCGUGUGCUGCUUUUGGCUAUUGUAUCAUGUGCCAUAGGACUUAGUGCGUUUGCUUACAGUGGCUACAUUAAGUGGAGUCUGGCAGUCAGAGUGGUCACUCUUCACCCCUCCCCACCAAUCUUAGCCCCCAACAGCAGCUCCCCAAGCCUUUCCCCCAACAUGUUCUGGGGCUCAUACAGACCACAGGUCUACUUUGGAAUGAAGACUCGGAGCCCUCAUUCUGUGGUUACAGGCUUGAUGUGGAUGUCUCAGGCAGGUGCCCCCUCACUACGGCACACUUGUGAGCAGGGUGAUGGCCUUGCACGUUAUGGGUGGCUCAUGCACGAUGGAGAGAACUUUGGGAUCCAGGAAAUCCAAGAUGGUGGGUUCACACUAAGUACUGAGUUUGUGAAGAGACCAGGGGGUGACCAUGGAGGAGACUGGAGCUGGAGGAUCCGAGCAUCCCCGGAGGCUUCCAGCUCCUCGGGGCAGCUCGUGUCGCUGAUGUUCUAUGUAGCUACGGAUGGACAGGGAACACUGACUCCCCAUGUGGAAGGCAAAAGGCAUGUGACCCAUGUGACUGGGAUGUCAGAGGAACUUGGCCAAUUCACUCUACGUUUCCCUAAAGCAGAGGGAGGAGGCAGCCAUAUCAGUUACAACUACCUGAGCACCAGCUGCCCGGGGCUGCACACUGUGACAGAUGUGGUACGCACCAGCCUUAGGGAUCACUUCACUCACCCAACAGAGAGUGGGGGCACCCGUGGCAACAAAAGACGUUAUUUUGGCCUUGAUACCUACCAACCCCCACCGUUGCCCCCAGGUACCCCAACUCGUGCCCCCCACACACAGCUGGUAGUCCAUCAGCUCACCCUGCAGCUCCCUUUGCAAGUAGAGGUUGUGUUUGAAUCUGGUAGCUUCCAGCAGCGCUUGGGGCAACUCUCGGGGCUUUCUCUGAGCAAGGAGCUGGAGAGGCACAAGAGCAACAUGGAGAAUCGAUUCAAGGGCAUUUUCAGGCUUGAGGAAAAAGGAUUCAUUCCAGAUCAAGUGGCAUUUGCUCAGGCAGCGCUUUCCAACAUGCUGGGUGGGAUGGGUUACUUUUAUGGCAGCUCCCUGGUGCAGUCGCCCCACAAUCCAGAGCCUGUACUUUAUCCAGCAGCACCUCUGUAUACAGCUGUUCCAUCUCGCUCUUUCUUUCCUCGUGGCUUUCUGUGGGACGAGGGAUUCCAUCUGCUGCUCAUUGCCCGCUGGAGCCCUGCACUGGCCUGGCAGUCGCUGGUGCACUGGUUAGAUCUUAUGAAUGCAGAUGGCUGGAUCCCAAGAGAGCAGAUUCUGGGCUCCGAGGCUCGUAGCAAGGUUCCAGAUGAGUUUGUCAUUCAGAAGAGUGAGAAUGCCAACCCACCGACGCUCUUCUUGGCUCUGAGACAGCUGCUGGCAAACAAAGAGACCGUGGGAGAUGCCGUGCAUUUGCUCCGACGAGCCUGGCCUCGGUUGCAGAGCUGGUAUGACUGGUACAAUGUUACCCAGGCCGGCUUGCUCCCUCACACUUACCGCUGGAGGGGUCGGGAUAAAGACACCCUGCGCUUCCUCAAUCCCAAGACUCUCACAUCUGGGUUGGACGAUUAUCCACGGGCUUCCCAUCCCUCUGAAGAUGAGCGGCAUGUGGAUCUGCGCUGCUGGAUGGCUCUGGCCUCUCAAGUCAUGGCCGAUAUCUCGCAGCUGUUAGGUGAAGAUGGGGGGCACUAUCUCCAUGACAACAGGAUACUGACUGACAAUGCUUUGUUACACCAGCAGCACUGGUCCGAGCGGCUUGGGGCCUAUGCUGAUUAUGGCAACCAUACACACAAUACAGCACUCGAGUGGGUGAGGCCACGGGCAGCCCCAGGGCAGGACCCCAGAAGUCUUCCACCGCCUCAGUUAAUUAGGGUUGUUAGGAAGCCGCCAAGGCUGCAGUAUGUCGGCGCUUUGGGCUACGUCUCCUUUUUCCCCUUCUUCUUGCAGGUGCUGAACCCCAGUUCCCCCCACCUUGGCCGCCUUCUGGACCAUAUCAGAGACAGUGAUAAAGUGUGGACUCCCUAUGGAAUACGUUCUCUGUCAAAGAGCAGCUCUUUGUACCUGCAACGUAACACAGAGCACGAUGCCCCCUACUGGAGGGGCCCCGUGUGGAUUAACAUGAACUAUCUGGCAGUUAGAGCCCUGUACUUGUACAGCCACAUGGAGGGGCCACACAGGGACAGGUUAGCCAGCCUAUACAGAGAGCUGAGGCAGAACUUGCUGGCCAAUCUGUACCGCCAAUACAAGGAUACAGGUUUCCUAUGGGAACAAUAUAACGAUCAGACUGGCAAGGGUCAGGGCUGCUUCCCCUUCACUGGCUGGUCUUCCCUUGUGGUACUAAUCAUGGCUGAAGAGUACUGAUGUCUGGAGUACUGACACCCGCUCCAUAUGCCAGGGCCUCUACUGUGUAACAAAGAGAUUCAAUAUGUAAUAGAACAGCACAAUGGCAGCCAUUGUUUUGGGAGGGUUGCAGUUGAAAGUUGCAGUCCAGCAAGCACUGUGAAUGAAAAGCUGUACUUAUUGCUGAGUAAUGCCAGGCCAGCUCAGUGCCAUGUACAUAUUUGGUUCUGUGUGUCACAAUUAGGGCCCAAGUUUCACUAGAAUGUUCACAUUGCCCCUCUCUGGCAUCCCACCAGCAAGUCCCACAAAUUCUCCUUGAUAUCUGCUAAGGAAUGGCACAGAUGCCUCAUACCUUGUACAUUUCUAAUCAAAUAAAACCUGUGUUUUUUUUUUCCCUA